AUAGAUAAUACACUGUAGUAUACAGUGUACAGUACAUGUAUGUAUGUGUGGCACUUGUAGCUGUAUGUAGCACUUGUAGUCCAUUUAGUUUACUAUUAAUGUUUUAACUAUGCUGUUAUUAGUUAGGCUGUGCGCUUCUAUUACUACAUAGUUCCCUAUAUAUAAAAAUAUAUUUCCCGACGUCCCUCGUGAAAGUGACCCCCCCUUUUUAAACCCAAAAGUUUUUUUUUCGUUGGUCCAGUUUGUCCAGUGAGGAGGACAGUGGUGUUAUAGUGUCAUCAUAUGAUAUAAACUGUUAAAACAACAACGACAACAACAAAAUGUUUCAAUUGUUUGGUAGUUUGAAACCAUAUCUCAAGCCGAGCUCAUGUACUAUCGAUAAUAAUGUAUUUCGAUUGCACUACAGGGCAACGGUACUCAUACUAGUGGGAUGUAGUCUAAUGGUAACCGCCCGCCAGUACUUCGGCGAUCCAAUCGAUUGUAUCUCCAAAGAUGAUAUACCAUCCAAUCUUCUGGACACGUACUGUUGGAUUCAUACGACAUUCAGUAUAGAAAAUGCAUGGAAAAAACGGGUCGGCGAUGAAGUACCGUAUCCGGGAGUGGACAAGACUACACCAAAUGAAAAGCGAGUCUAUCACGCCUACUAYCAGUGGGUGUGUUUUGUAUUGUUUUUUCAGGCCAUCUUGUUUUAUGUGCCCCGCUAUCUGUGGAAAGCCACGGAAGGCGGCCGUAUGAAAAACUUGAUCCUCGGUCUGAAUAAUCCGAUAUUGGAUGAGACCAGCAAAAACACUAACCGCGCACUACUGGUUGAAUAUCUAUAYAAAAAUCUGAACCAUCACAACACCCUAUUCAUAAUGUAUUCCGUAAUGGAAGUACUGAAUCUGUUGAACGUUAUACUUCAGAUGAUAAUAAUGGACCGAUUUUUGGGCGGCGAGUUUACCAACUAUGGCUGGGAUGUGAUCAACUUUACCGAAUGGGACUGGUCGGUCAGAUAUGAUCCGAUGAUAAAAGUGUUCCCACGGUUAACAAAGUGUACAUUCCAUCGAUACGGUUCCUCCGGUGAUGUCCAGAAACACGAUGCCAUGUGUAUACUGCCCAUCAAUAUCAUCAACGAAAAGAUCUACAUAUUCCUCUGGUUUUGGUUCUACUUUAUGGCCAUUGUCAGCGUCAUUGCCGUCAUCUACCGGGCCAUAACAAUAGUUGUACCGCGAGUCCGAUUUUUGGCCACCCAUUCCCGUUGCCGAGUAGCCAAUCGGGACGCUCUGAGCCAUGUGAUCAGUCAGGCCAGUAUCGGCGACUGGUUUCUACUGGAUUUGCUGUCGAAAAACUUGGAUUCACUAAACUUUAAGGAUUUAGUUAAAGAUUUUUACAGUCGUUUAGAGGGAAAGGGAGCCGACAGUCUAUAACCCGAUAGAAAAAAUAUAUCUAAUUUUUUUUUUAWAAAAAAAUACCAAUUGUUUGAAUUCAAAAAUCAAAAGUUUCAAUCAAAUAUUAUUAAUAUUAUCACUAUUUUUUUWAAAUUUUAUAUUUAAUAAGUAUAUCUAUUAGU